GCAGCAUACACACACACAUACAUGCCAAGCGCCCCUUCCACCAUCGCCGCCGCCGCCGUCGCCGCCUCCGCCGCUGCCGCCGCCGCUGCCAUCGUACUUGCCCACCACAUCCGCCGCCGCCGCCGUGCCUGCGAGGCCGAGGUGGCCCUCGACGCGCUCUGGCGUUCGCCGGCAGCCGCCGUGGUUCAGCAGCUCGAGUGCGGCCAAGUCACGCCGGCGAAACUCAUCGACGUCGCCGUGCGACGGAUCGCCGCCACCAACGCUGCCACCAACGCGGUCGUCACGCUCUGCGAGGAGCGGGCACGCGCGCGUGCGGCAAGCUUUGCACAGAGCGGCGGCGCGCCGGGCCCGCUCUUCGGCCUGCCCGUCCUCGUCAAGGACAACCAGGCCGUCGCAGGCGUCCGCUGCACCGCCGGCGCGCCGAUGCACGCGACGCGGAUCGCGGCCACCACUCACCCUCUCGUCGAGGCGCUCGAGGCGGCGGGCGGGGUCGUCCUCGGCGUCACAAACAUGCCGGAGCACGCGGCCGGCUCGCACACCUUCAACCCCGUCUUUGGCGCCACACACAACCCGCACGACCUCGGCCGGACGGCCGGAGGAUCGACGGGCGGCGGCGCGGCGGCGCUCGCGUCGGGCGCCGCAUGGCUGGCAACCGGAAGCGACCUGGGCGGCUCGCUGCGCAACCCCGCCGCGUUUUGCAGCGUCGUCGGCCUGCGCCCGUCGCCAGGCCGCUGCCCGCAGUCCGAUGCGGCGCCGACAGCGUGGCGCGGCCGGUUCGUGCCGCCCGCGGCGGGCUGGGAGCCGCUGGCCUGCCCGCCGCUGCCUCAGCCGCCUCGGCGCGGCUACCUGCACCACGUCGCCUACUCGGUCGACCUCGGAGGCCUGCUGCGCGGGGUACACCCGGCGGUCGCCGCCGCCGUCCGCCGCUCCGCCGCCCUCCUCGGCCGGGCUCGGCCCGGACGGCGGUCGGCGGCGGAGACGCGGCUGACCGAAGCCUUCCCCGAGGGCCUCGAGGCGGCGGCGGACGUCUUCCGAACGCUCCGCGCGUCGCGCCAGCAGUGCGCUUCGGUGCCUGCGCUGAGCGGCGGCGGCGCCCGACCGCCGCAGGACGGCAUCGCAGGCGGCCCCUCCGCAUCGCGCUCCUUCCUUGACCUCCACAGCGGCACCACCAAGCCGGAGGCGGUCGCCGCGGCGGAACGAGCGCGGCAGCGGAUGCACGCGGCGGCGCUCGCCUUUCUGCGGGAGCACGACCUGCUCGUCUGCCCCUGCACGCUGAUGCCGCCCUUUCGCGGCGAGCUGCGGUACCCCGCGGCCCUCGGCGGGGUGGGCGGCGGGGGCGAGGCCCCGCCCCUCGGCUUGGGCGGGGCGGGCGGCGAGGGCGAGGCGGUCUCCUUUGCAGACUACAUCGAGUGGAUGCUCCCCUGCUCGGUCAUCUCGCUCACCGGCCUGCCCUGCCUCGCCCUCCCUGCCGGCAGCACCGCCGACGGCGCACGCCACCUGGUCGGCCAGCCGGGCGGCGAGGCGGCGCUGCUCGCCGCCGGCGCCCUCCUCGAGCACGCGAUCCGGCGCGAGGACGCCGCGGCGGGCGUGGCCGGCGUGGCCGUGCAGCCGGCUCAGGGCGCGGGCGAGGGCGAGACCGAGGGCGCGGCACCAUGCGCGGCGCUCGGCGCGGGCGGGCUCGGGCCGGUGCUGCCCGUGCCGGUCGAGCCGAGGAGGCUGACUGGCGGGGAGAGGGCGUCGGAGUGGAGCGGGCCGUGCAGCGCGGAGGAGGCCGCCGCGCACUUGCGGCUGGGCGCGCAGCAGCGGGCGUCGGAGGCUGGCGCCGACGUGGGCUGCGGGAGGCCGGACGAGGGCACGACACCAAUGCACCUAGCAGCCGGAUGGCUGCACUCGGAGGCCAUCGUUGAGGCCCUGCUAGCUGCGCCAGAUGCGCAAGCGGUGGCAGAGAGUCUGAGGGCCAAGCCCAACUCGGGUGGGCUGAAACAGCACACGCCGGUGUUUUGGGCGGAUCAUUACUCGCAACCGUCCACAAAGCAGAGGCUGGUUGCAUGGAUGCGGAGUGUGGGCUGGCUUUACCACGAGGAGUCGGACUCGUUCGAGCGAUAA